AUGAUCUAUCCGAUUUCCGAUAGUGCUUGGGUUAGUCCAGUUCAGGUGGUUCCAAAGAAAGGAGGGAUGACAGUGAUUGCGAAUGACAAAAAUGAAUUGAUUCCAUCAAGAACCGUCACCGGGUGGCGGAUGUGUAUAGAUUACCGGAGACUCAACAAAGCAACCAGAAAAGAUCAUUUUCCAUUACCAUUUAUGGAUCAAAUGCUUGAGAGAUUAUCCGGUCAGAAGUUCUAUUGCUUUCUAGAUGGAUAUUCGGGGUACAAUCAGAUUUCAGUCAACCCCGAGGAUCAUGAAAAAACAGCUUUCACAUGUCCUUUCGGUGUUUUUGCUUAUAGAAGAAUGCCUUUCGGAUUGUG